AUGAUUUGUCCCGGGCCCCAAGGACGCCCCGGGGAUGAGUCGCGCCUCCCCGGGGACGCCCGGAUAGUCUCGCCUGCCCGGGAACCCCCCGGAGACAGGGCCGGAGGGGGCCGCCUCCCCAAAGGACCCCCGGGGAUAGUCGUCGCCUGCCCGGAAGGACUCCCUCCCAAAAGGCCCCCGGCCCCAGGAAACCUGCCGGGGGCGCAGGAGGCCCCUGCCUCCCGGGAAACGCCCUGGAAAACUGCCCGCCGGGGACGCGCAGGAAAAACUGCCUGCCCGGGGCCGGGCGCGAAGGAAAAGAAACGGGUGGGUGAUAGACUUUAA